AUGGUGGUACCGACGACGACGACGCUGCUGGUGGCGGCGGCGUCGACGCUAGUGCUCCUCCUGCUGCUUCCAUCGCCGUCGAUCGCGCAGCCGGUGUCGUCGCCGUCGCCGGCGGCGGCGGCGGCGCCGGGGCCCGCGGGGGGCGGGAUGGACUCGGCGUGCAUGAACUCGCUGCUCAACAUGUCGGACUGCCUGACGUACGUGACCAAGGGGAGCACGGCGCGGCGGCCCGACACGCCGUGCUGCCCGGAGCUGGCGGGCCUCGUCGACUCCAACCCGGUCUGCCUCUGCGAGCUCCUCUCCGGCGCCGCCGACUCCUACGGCAUCGCCGUCGACUACGCCCGCGCGCUCGCGCUCCCCGGGAUCUGCCGCGUCGCCACCCCGGCCGUCUCCACCUGUACAGCCUUGGGGUAUGACGUCCGCGUGGGCCCAGCUGCAGCGCCUAUGUCAGGGUCGCCCUCGCCCAUGUCAGGCAUCUCUCCCUCCGGGGAGGGCCCACAGUUCCCAGGAACAUCGCCGCUGGCCUCGCCGCCGUCGUCGACCAGCACCGCGGCGCGGCGCCGCUCCUCCGCCGGCAGCCACCUCGUCACCCUCGCCAUGCUGCCGCUGGCCGCCGCCGCCGUCAGCGGGAUGCUCUAG